CAGCUCAUCAUCCGCCAUUUUUGAACCACUGUCAACUACGUCAUAACUAUAUCCGGGAAACUGUGGUGACCUUGGUAUAUGAUCAUCAUGGCGGCUGUGGCCAGGUUAAGUUGUGUUUGUCGCAGAGGAAUUAAACCUCUGCUUUAUCAAAGCACUCUCUUGCCAAGAGCACUGGUUGCAUCACACAAAUACCAGGACCAUCCCUAUAUGCUUACAGCAAGGAUUCAUGCCUCUCAAGCUCUCAAUGCAAGCUCUGGCUCCAAAGCCGCCUCUUUGCACUGGACAGCGGAGCGAGCGGUUAGUGUCCUGUUGCUAGCCAUGGGACCUGUUGCCUAUUUUAACCCUGGUCCAUUCAUAGACUAUUCAUUGGCUGCUGCACUGACGCUGCAUGGCCACUGGGGCCUUGGGCAGGUGCUAACAGACUACGUUCACGGUGACACAAAGAUUAAAAUUGCCAAUGCCGGUCUCUUCCUUCUGUCCACUGUCACCUUCGCUGGUCUCUGCUACUUCAACUACAACGAUGUGGGCAUCUGUAAAGCUGUUGCCCUCCUCUGGAGCAAAUGAAAACUGGGAAAACUGGAAAGUUAUAGAAGAACCAAGACACCGGGACAUGAACAAUCUAAUCUCAACUGAUUUGUUUAAGAAGAAAAAAAACAUCAAGGUGUUCCAUGUAAAUUCCUAUAAAUAUAUAUAUUCUGUUGACUAUUAGUGUGUAAUUGGAAAUCAUGUUGAUCACUUCGAGCUUCAGUCGUUCUGUGGCUUUGUAUGAACCAAAGUCAUCAUCAAUGUCAGCAAAAUGUCCCAUAAAAUUAUACUGUAUGUAUCUUCACAGAUAUAUAAACAUGAGCCCUUCACUGUAAUAAGUAAGAACUGUUAGGUUAUGGGGACUUUCCCAAGAUUUACUUUCUUAUUUUUCUGAUUUUCCAGCAGGGGGCUGCCGUUUCGGUUAUGUGGUAAUAAUGGCGGUAUGUCAGAUCUACGGUUGUGUUGUUGACACAGUGGCCCUUCACCAUAACAGCUUUUAGUCCCGUAGCUGUUCAAAUGUUAAAUGUACUGAGUAAAUGCUAAGAAAGUGGUUAUACUGAACCCAAGAGAGAAGCACCUUUUUCACUGGGGCAUUUAUAGGUGGGUUUAAAUGUUUUUUUCUACAAUGAGCUGACAGAGCACAUUAACAGUUAUAUGUAGGUCAGUGGCGACAACAAACGGGUAUUAAUUUGGUUCAGGAAAUAAACCAGGCUACAUUUCUAGAUUCUUCUUCUGUUAUAAUUUACUUAAAUACAUUAUCCAGUUCCUUUUAGUUGAACUUUAAGGACCUGUUUUACCUAAAAUCAAUACAUACAUGUGAAUGAGUUAACAUUUUUUCUGAUUAAAUAUUUGUGAAGAGUUGCCUAACUAAACUAAAUUUGUUUCGGUUUAAUUUCAACUAAACAAAAGAAAAAACAAAACCAAAUUAUGCAAGUGUCAGUUUAUUUGUCAAAUGUUAUUAAAAAAGGUAUUUCUAAUCUUAAAGGACAAUAUGGGAGCCAGAUGUAAUAAUGGAUUAUUUACUCACAGCAUGUUAGCCUGUAGUGUGUGCUUGCAGUACCAAUGAACGAUCACAGCUAAACACGUUAUUUUGUAUUUCUUUGCUGCAUUGUCGCUUUGUUUCUUACAUUAACUGUGUACCAGCAUCAUAUCAGCUCCAAGGCUGCUGUCAUCAACAGUUUUACGCACAAAAAAUCACAUGUGGCACUUAAGAGUCCAGCACUCCUGCCUCUGCCAAACAAUAAAGGCGAUGUAAUGUUUUCCUAUUUGUGACUUUCAUCAUUUAAAAAUCAUUUAAAUGUGGCUUACUCAAACAGAUGCAUAAUUAUAGAAGAGAGACAUUCAUGGAGAUGCACAUUAUUUUCAAAGAGCUUAUAAAAAAUAAAUAAAGGUGAAACAUUAAAAAUG